AUGUGCUUCCACCAGGGCAAAGACCAGUGCCACCAGCCAGAGCAACCCUCAUGCCACAGCAGGGAAGGGUGCCACGGGAGCCGUGGUGGAUCCAGAUGCCAUGGGACUAGCGGUGGAUCCAGUUGCCACGGGAGCAGAGGAUCCGGAUGCUGUGGGAGCAGCGGUAGAUCUGGAUGCCACGGGAGCAGCAGUGGAUCUGGAUGCCACAGGAGCGGUGGGGGAUCCUGCCAUGGAAAGCCACAGGAUUGCCAGCAGGAAAUUUACCAAGUACCCUCAAAGAUGAAGUGA